CUGGAAACUGGUCUGAGCAGAGCUGAGGGAUUGACACAAAUGGUCGGAGUGAGAGAGAAACUGCGGGGUGUUGCAUCGCGUCUGCAUCUGUUUAAAUUCUGGUUUCACCUAGAAAUCAUCAGGGAGAGGAAAGGACGUGGGUAUCAGAGUGGCCAGAUGUGCGGCUGUUGUGAUCGCUAAAGUUUACCUCGGCACAAACACGACAAAUCUGGAAGAGAAGGAAAGAGUCGGGGAGAAGAAAGCAAAGAAACUAGUUUUGAAAGACUCGCAAAAGUAUGGCUGGGCGCAGUUACCCUAUGCUGGAUUUUCCAAGACUGACGCGAAUGUUCUGGCCGCUAGUGUAUAUCUUGUUUUGGGGACUUUGGGGCGCUUGCGGACAGUAUAACAGCGAACGAGGCAUUUCAAUCCCGGAGCACGGAUUUUGUCAGCCGAUUUCUAUACCCCUUUGCACGGAUAUCGCUUACAACGAGACCAUUAUGCCUAAUUUACUGGGCCACACGAACCAGGAGGACGCUGGGUUGGAGGUGCACCAGUUCUACCCGCUGGUGAAAGUUCAAUGCUCGCCCGAUCUCAAGUUUUUCCUGUGUUCUAUGUAUGCCCCGGUGUGCACGGUACUGGAGCAGGCGCUACCCCCUUGCCGGUCACUAUGCGAGCGGGCGCGGCAGGGCUGCGAGGCGCUCAUGAACAAGUUCGGCUUUCAGUGGCCCGACACCCUGGCAUGCGAAGCGUUCCCAGUGCACGGCGCCGGCGAGCUGUGCGUGGGGCAGAACAAGUCGGACGGUCCCACGCUGUACCCCACCCCCUCUGCUCCCGAAGGCACUAUGAGCCCCAAGGGCUCCAAUGGACAAUUCAUUUGCCCCCGAGCCCUGAAGGUACCCACCUACUUGAACUACCACUUCUUGGGACAAAAGGACUGCGGGGCUCCCUGCGAGUCUUUGCGAUCCAACGGGAUGAUGUACUUCAGCCAGGACGAGCUGAAAUUCGCCCGCAUUUGGAUUGGGAUAUGGUCCGUACUGUGCUGUGCGUCCACCCUUUUUACUGUGCUCACUUACCUGGUGGACAUGAAGCGCUUCAGCUACCCCGAGCGCCCCAUAAUCUUCUUGUCUGGCUGCUACACGAUGGUGGCCAUCGCCUACAUCGCCGGCUUUCUGCUGGAGGACAGAGUGGUUUGUAACGAGAAGUUCGCGGACGAGAGUUACAGGACAGUGGUGCAGGGCACCAAAAAGGAAGGUUGCACCAUCCUCUUCAUGAUGUUGUACUUCUUCAGUAUGGCAAGUUCCAUAUGGUGGGUUAUUUUGGCUUUGACUUGGUUCUUGGCGGCUGGCAUGAAAUGGGGGCACGAAGCCAUCGAAGCCAACUCCCAGUACUUUCAUUUAGCGGCGUGGGCAGUGCCAGCUAUCAAGACCAUCACCAUCCUGGCAGUGGGGCAAGUCGAUGGAGACGUGCUCAGCGGAGUGUGCUUCGUGGGCAUUAACAACGUGGACGCGCUGCGAGGUUUUGUGCUUGCACCCCUCUUCGUUUACCUGUUCAUCGGAACCUCUUUCUUGCUAGCCGGCUUCGUGUCCCUGUUUCGUAUCCGGACGAUCAUGAAGCACGACGGUACCAAGACGGAGAAACUGGAGAAGCUCAUGGUGAGGAUAGGCAUCUUCAGUGUUCUCUACACCGUGCCGGCCACUAUCGUUAUCGCCUGCUAUUUCUACGAACAGGCGUUUCGAGAACAGUGGGAGAAAAGCUGGGUGUCUCACAGUUGUAAGACCUAUGCGAUCCCCUGCCCGUCCAGCACGCACCCCCACAUGACUCCGGACUUCACGGUUUUCAUGAUCAAAUAUCUUAUGACUCUUAUUGUAGGAAUCACUUCGGGCUUUUGGAUUUGGUCCGGCAAAACGCUCAAUUCGUGGCGAAAGUUUUAUACGAGACUGGCAAACGGUAAGCAGGGGGAGACGACAGUGUGAAGUCGGGCUCCCCUUGGCGCGAGCCGCUACGGACAGACUG